AUGUCGGACAACGCCCAUCCUGGUGUUCGCAGUCUGCUGGCCAAGUUUGAGAACAGCCCGAGCCAGGUCACCUCGCCGCCUUCGCGUGGAAGAUCUCCCGUUAGCUCCGACACCCCCGGAUCGUCCCGCCCACUCUCGAAAGUCCGUGCAAGCUUCGUCACUGUCGACGGUGUCGUUCAGUCAAACCCAGGUUCGCCAUUACGGAAAAUAAGUGGACGGAGUGAUAGCCCAGGAAUGUUUGGACCGAAAAUCAAUGAGCAGGCUGUCGAGGCACGUCGUCAGAGUGUGGCAUCCCCCACACCCGGCAGUCUGGAUGAUGGCCAGAAGGGUAUUCUUGAUCAAAUGGUCAGUUCCAUCCAGCCAAAAUCCGGCUCGGCUACGACGAUACAUGAUCAAGGCGAAGCAGACGCGGUGUCUGCUGUCGACAAUGGUCCCGGAAAGGAGACGCUGCCCGUGAAGACAGAGACUGGAGCCGUCGCGCCUGCCUCAGCACCCGCACCUACAACCUCACAUGCCCUCCGAACCUCGGAGCAGCCGGCUCAGAAGACAGUCAAGAAGCGCCCGUCGACCAUCAAUGCUACAAGAAACACUGCUUCGAACAACAAGUCUUCGUCAACGGCCAAGCAGCCUGCCACCACAACAAAACCCCCUACCGCCCGGGAGAUCGCAAAGGAGCGUGCAAAUACCCUUGUCAAUAAGCCGAGUCGCGCCUCCUUGAACCCUGCUGCGAAGGCUACUGCCCGUACCGUCCGCGGCUCGACACCAUCACAGGAGACUUCGAGAACAUCACCUCCGAAUAGCGCCAAAUCUCGCGCACGAUCACCCACUAGGCCUGUUCGCCUGCCAGCUUCUAUGACUGCACCAACGCAAGCAUCUGCAGCGAGUGCGCAGACAGCCAUCUGGCUCUCCUCCCCCACUCGUCCAACCCAUGAGCGGCCCAGUUCGCGUGCUAGUGAUGCUGGCUCCACCAAGCCGGCCAAUGAAGGAUUCCUGGCGAGAAUGAUGCGCCCAACAGCCAGCUCAGCCAGCAAGAGCCACGAUCGACCGGAAUCGAAAGCUCCCCAGAAGAGCACCACAACCAAGGCUCCACGUCCAUCCAUGGGACGGGCACCUGAGCGCGGGCAGGCAAAGGCCAAAUCUGCGGCUUUGCGUCCCCAAACUAAAAAGUCUCAGGCAUCCAACAAGGAAUCCCUUCCAAAGAAGGCAAAGGAGGACGUAAAGAUUCCUCUUCCCGAGCAGGAGAGUGAGAAGGAAAAUGUUGAAGAAUGCACAUAUGUAGUCCCGGAGGAGCCCGAGGUUGUUCAGCUCAAGGACGCUAUGAUCGGAUCACCCGAAGUUGAAACCAAAGUCAAGCAGGAAGCUGCUCUUGAGCCCGUCGAGGAGUCUGUCAGCAAGCCAGUCGAAUCGACCACUGUGGAGUCUUCCGCAGAGGCUCCCCUGGAAUUUGCCCCCGAGGCAGCUAUCAAUGAAGCCCCCAAGGGUCCAGCUGAGCAGAUUGAGAAGGUAAAUGCUGCCGAGGCUCCCAUCGAGGUUUCUGCUGAGCCUAAGAACGAGGCCCAUGAGGUACACACGGAAUCUCCUGAGGAAGUCUUCCAGACCACGACUGACUCCACCCCCGCGAAUGAGCCUGCUACCGUUGUUGUAGAGGCCACCAUCACGCCAGAGGAACUUGAGGCCCCUCAGUCUACUGAAGUCGCUGUCGAUAUCUCUGACGAUAAGAUCUCCGAAGAUGAGAAAGACCUCGUUGCUGAGCCUUCGACCAAAUCGGAAGAAGAGCUUAUUUCCAGUGAGCCUGUUUAUACUGAGAAGUCUGCGCCUGAGGCUAAGCAAGAUGUCGAUGAGAUCGACUAUGUCACUCUUGCACUCAACUAA